UUAUCGAUCGGCCUUAUAAAAGCCGUGCCGUGCCGUGCCGUGUCCAAACGGCAGUGGCACUCCACCAUCCCCACAUCCUCGAAGGCUGGCUAGAACAAUGAGAAGGCUUUUCGCGCUGCUGGCCCUCGCCGGCGCCGCGCUGCUCGCGGCGGCCGGCGGCGCCAGCGGGCAGCAGGGCGUGGGGGCCAUCAUCACGCGUCAGGUGUUCGAGAGCAUGCUCAGCCACCGCGGCGACAGCGGCUGCCAGGGCGCCUUCUACACCUACGACGCCUUCAUCCAGGCCGCGGGCAAGUUCCCCGCCUUCGGCACCAUCGGCGACGACCAGACCCGCAGGCGGGAGCUCGCCGCCUUCUUCGGCCAAACCUCCCAUGAAACCACUGGCAAUCUUCACACGCUGCUCCGGGGUUGGCCGUUUGCCUGGGGAUACUGCCGCGUGGAAGAACAGCAACGGACGGACCCACCCUACUACGGACGUGGACCCAUACAACUCACUCACAAAUACAACUACGAGCUAGCCGGGCGGGCGUUGAAGCUGGACCUGGUGUCGAGCAACCCCGUGGUGGCAUUCGAGACGGCCAUCUGGUUCUGGAUGACGCCGCAGGCCGCGAAACCCUCGUGCCACGACGUGAUCACCAGACGCUGGGUUGGCGGAAGGUGGCAACCUCUCCUGCGAGAUCCAGAUGACCGGGUCGGGUUCUACAGAAUGUACUGCGAGAUGCUUGGGGUGGCGGAAGGUGGCAACCUCUCCUGCGAGAUCCAGAAGCCUUACGGACCCACCGGCUAAUUUGCAACUGAAAUAGUGAAAUAGUAGUAGUAGUAGUAAUCAAUCACCACCACUGGCUGGCCGUAUUAGAGGGUGGCUACAUGUAUUAUGACUGCGCUGGCUAGCCUUCACAUGGAGUAUGAGUGAUGUUAAUACGAAUAAAGCUAGCAAAUUAGCAAUUCAAGCAAAGGCAA